GUGUUCCUCCUUCGCCGACAAGAGGGGACGUGAUGUAAUUUUCCUGGGAAAGUAGGCGCUGUCUCGCACCGGCGGAACGUCACUUUGUGGAAGAGCAGGCGGAGGUGUGUCGGUGACCCCGAGACUCGACUAAGCGCUUGAAGAGGCCGCGUGGUUGUGUGCAGAGCGGCGAGAGCGAUGAUUAAGAACGGACACCACGCGUCGGGAGAGCCGGCAGCUGGAAGUUCCGGAAGCGGAGUCGCGGGGACUGGCGGCGUGUGCAGCCCGGAGAAGAGGAGGCGCGUCGUGCGCGUGUGGUGCGACGGAUGCUACGACAUGGUCCAUUACGGCCACUCGAACCAGCUGCGGCAGGCCAAGGCCAUGGGCGACUACCUCGUUGUGGGGGUCCACACCGAUGAGGAGAUCGCGAGGCACAAGGGACCCCCCGUGUUCACGCAGGACGAGCGCUACAAGAUGGUCCGCGCCAUCAAGUGGGUGGACGAGAUCGUGGAGGGGGCGCCUUACGUCACCGCGCUGGAGACCCUCGACAAGUACAACUGCGACUUCUGCGUCCACGGGGAUGACAUCACGCUCACCGUAGAUGGCAAAGACACGUACGAGGAGGUGAAGAAGUCCGGGAGAUACAGCGCCAAGCUUUGCCCGGGGCCUCGAACCCUUUCGCUCAGACCCUCGCUGUGUUUCAGGGAGUGCAGACGGACGCAGGGCGUCUCCACCACGGACCUCGUGGGCCGCAUGCUGCUGAUGACCAAGGCCCACCACAGCAACAUCGACCAUUCUGGCUACCAGCAGCACACGGACAACUUUGGGAAGGGUCCCCAAGGCCACAGCCCCUGGACGGGGGUCUCGCAGUUCCUCCAGACGUCCCAGAAGAUCAUCCAGUUUGCGUCGGGGAAGGAGCCUCAGCCGGGGGACACCAUCAUCUACGUGGCCGGGGCUUUCGACCUCUUCCACAUCGGCCACGUGGACUUCCUGGAGACCGUGUACAAGCAGGCCGAGAAGCCUUACGUCAUCGUGGGGCUGCACUUUGACCAGGAAGUGAACCGCUACAAAGGGAAGAACUACCCCAUCAUGAACAUCCAUGAGAGGACCCUGAGUGUGCUGGCCUGCAGGUACGUCUCGGAGGUGGUGAUCGGGGCUCCCUACGCUGUCGGGGGCGACCUGCUGGAUCAUUUCAAGGUGGACCUGGUGUGCCACGGGAAGACGGAGGUGCUGCUGGACAAGGACGGCUCGGACCCGUACGCCGAGCCCAAGAAGAGAGGGAUCUUCCGCACGGUGGACAGCGGGAACGGCCUCUCCACGGACGACAUCGUGCAGAGAAUCAUCCAGAACAGGCUGCAGUUUGAGGCCCGGAACCAGAUGAAGGAGGCCAAGGAGAUGGCGGUGAUCGAGGCCAUGAAGCUGCGCGAGGAGGAGAAGACCCAGAACACGGCCCAGGCGGCGCAGUAGGGGGGCCACAGUGGGACCCGACACCGUGACUCCCUGUACGGACGAACGCCCCUAGGUCCGGCGUUCCCGUCGCUCCGACCCCACUCUUCUCCCCUCCUGGAUGAUACGUGCGUCCCUCCAGGUCGGGAGGGGUUAAUAAGCUCAGACCACGUGGGCUCUUGUAAAAGUAAUCAUAAAAGAACUGAUCGUUCCCCUUUUCAACCAAACUUCCCCCAUGACCCCAGAGGCGUCCUGGAGUCGCUGUGGGUGACCGUCCUCUCCUCAUGGACGCAUGUGACCGUCGCGGGGGACGGGAAGAGAGCUCUCUGUGCGUUAAGGAGCAGACUGUGUGUGUGUGUGUGUGUGUGUGUGUGUGUGUGUGUGUGUGUGUGUGAGAGCACUCGCUACUAUUAUUAACAUUUUAAAUUGGAAAAAUUAGUGAUUUCUAGAAUAACGUGUAUGAAAGCACCUUCGGAGUGUGACGUACGCCGACUCCUCGACUUGCAAAACAGCUGGGACUGGAAGUCUGUUCAUAACUCGUUUCGUUCAUAACUCCAGAGUUAGUUUUACCUCCUCAGUCAUGAUCAAUAAAAUUUUAAUAAUGCAGGCUUAUUUAUUCAUGGCUGAGGAUUCUGCAGGAAACAGAGCUCGAUGUAGUAAAUUAGAAGUAAGUGAAGUUUUUAAGUUAACAAGUUUAACAUGACAUAAAGUAAAAACUCCAUGUUCUCUCCACAGUCCCCUAUUCAGUGCUGAUUGUGGACCAUAAACGUGCGCGUUGCCGUUUUUGUUACCAGCUGACACUGAGGGACACCAGACACGAGCUGCGAACGCGGUGGAAGCGAGUUGAAUUGAAGCGGACCCGCAGCCCUGUUCGGCGUGGCUGUGUUUUACUGCCGCACGUCGACUUGUAGGGUGAACUCAGGUCGCGUGCGCUCCGCUGCAGGCAGGGUUUGCAGGAAAACGAGCGGGGAACGCGAUUAGCGGCAACACGCAUCGGCAGGGAGAACGUUUUCUGGAAAUUCAUAACUUGGAAGUUCUGAACGUGAGCCUGCGUGCUUCCUUGUUCUCCUCCAGCAGGUCCGCCGUAGACAAAGGGCGAGAGGUCAAAGGUCAGGAUGCGGUGCGGUUCGCUUCCGAGAGCGAGGAACGGAGAAUUGCCAUAACUUGGUGUUUUUCUUCAUUACUGUUAAAAUGAUCAAGAGCGUAGCGCUGCUUUGUCCACUGUAGUAUCGUAGUGUUUACAUAUAUUUACUAUUUAUUUAGGAGCAUCGUGAAAUACUUGAGAGGUGGAAAGAGGACCGACGUUAGAAAGGAGAAGAAAGGUGUUCUUAUGUGGUCGUCUUUUUUUUUUUUUUAAAGCAGUGUGUGGAUGUGCUGUGUACCAUUUUAUUAUUGUGUCACAAGGAUUGUGUGUGUGUGUGUGUGUGUGUGUGUGUGUGUUACGCACGGUCAACGUGAAUAUGGCUUCUGAUUGUACCCCGUUCCGCUGUUUAAUGCCGUCGAUACGCACACGCUAAACUGUGAAGCUGUUAAUUUAUGGGGAGCGUGAGAACUUUGGAGACGAGGCUGGUUCCCGCGCAGACGGAGCGGUCGUUCGCGUGGGGUCGCGGUUCAGGGACGGGACAAGACCGCAAAUUGACCUCGAGAAUGCCUUUGUUCCCUUGAGCAGCGGUGGCCGAGUUGUGCGCGCGCGUGGGCUUUGCGUCAAACCUCUUUGUCACCCCAUUUCUCUCGCUUCCUCACGUCGCCGUGCUUACCGUGGUAAGCUUUGCCCCUAUGCUGGAGCCCUGUGCCGAACGUGAUGAGAUGAACCGUUCCCUUCAGGGGCCGAAAGGACGACGUCGGCGUUCGGUCCUAGGAAGCAAAGUGCCCAAGGAAUGUCAUGUUGCGUAAUUCUUCACCCCUCAUAGUUUCAGAGCUCCCGGUAAAAGUUACUUUGUUUUU